AUGGAUAAAAUUAAUUUAUUACAAGAGUUAAAUGAUGAAAAUAACAUAAAAAAUAAACUAAAUGAAAAUAUACAAAACUUUGAUUUAUCUUAUGAAAGUAUUUUAAUCAAUGAUAUAAAAAGACCUCAAGAAAUUGAUUGUGGGAUGUCUUGCACUAGUUCUUUCUUAGAUUCUAAUGAAAAGGUUAUGAAUGAAAAUUUAUUUAAUAAAAAUUCAAAUAAUGACAUUUCAAAUUAUGAUAAUAUAAUUUAUAAUAACAUAAAUUCUGAUAUAUAUGAUGUUAAUCAGGAAAAUGUUUACAAUACAAAUGCUUUAAAUGUUUCUUUUCAAAAAAAAAAUGAUUUAGAUGUAUAUGAUUUUUUAAAUAUAGAAAAUAAUAAAACUAAUGAAAAAAAAAGUUUGAGUGAAAAUAAUGAAAAACAAAUAACUAACAAAGAUGACUUAAUUAAUGAAAACAGGGUUAUUAAUAAUAUAAAUAUAUAUAAUGAUAAAAAUAUUUUGUUAAAUAAUGAUAAUUUAAUAAUUAGAAACAUUAAUGACAUAAAUCAAAACAUAUGUGAAAGGAAUCAUAACGAAAUUAAUUUAAACAAUUUGCAUAAUAUUGUAAAUAAUUCAUUUUAUGAUAUGAAUAAUUUAUGUGAAAACAAAGAUAAUUUAAAAUAUAAUGAAAACGAUUUAAAUGAAAAUACAAAUAAUAUAAGUUAUAACUCGGUUAAAAGAGGAGAAAAUACUUUUAAAAAUAAAGAAGGAAAUUUUAAUAAAUUAGAUACAAAUAAUAAUGAAACAUUCUAUAUUACAAAUAAUAAUUCUAAUAAAAAAAGUCAAGAAAAUGAUUUAUUUUUAGUAGGUAGUGAAAAAGAAUAUUCACUUAAUGAAAAUAACAAGAGUAGAAGUAACACUAGCACUUACAUAAUAUAUUCACAAAAAAAUUCAAGUUCUAAUAUAAAUGAAACAAUAAUGAAUAGUAAUAAUUCAGUAAGUGGGAUUAGUAAAAAUAAGAAUGAUAAUAUAAUUAUUUUAAAUGAGUGUAAUUUAAAUAAGGAAGAUGUAAAUAUAAAAGAAAUUUAUGAUGUUGUUGAAAAUGAUAUAAUGAAUUAUAAAAAUACAAUUUUUCAAAUAAAAUCAGAAUUACAAAUAAGAAACUGUUAUUUAGAAAAUGAAAAAAAAAAAAAUGAAGAAUAUGAGAAAAUAAUUGAAAAAUAUAUAAAUGAAUUAAAUAAUAAUUUCAACAAAAAUAAUUCUUUAGAAUCAUUAAAUAUAAUUGAAAUUGAAAAUAAGCAAUUGAGACAGGAAUUAUUAUUAAAAAGUAGUGAAAUAAUUGAAUUAAAUAAUAUAAUAAAUAAUUUAAAAAACCAAAAAAAUAUUUUUUUUAGCUGUUUAGAAAAUGAAUUAGAAAUUAGUCUAAAAAAGGAAACAGAAUGCUCAUUAGUUUUACAUGCACAAACAAAAAGACUAAAUAAUGCAAAUUGUUUUAUAGAAAAACAAAAUAUAAAAAUAGAAGAAUUAAAAAAAGAAAUAGAAAAAUUAGAAGAAACAUAUGUUACUCAUGUAAGAAAAAAUGAAAAACAAAUUGAAGAAUUGUUAAAGGAAAAAGAAGAAUUUAUAAAAAUAACUAAAGAAUUAGAGGUUAUAAAUAUAGAUAAUAAAAAUAAGAAAGAAGAAAUAGAUAAAUAUAAAAACAAAUGUCAAGAACUAAGUGAUGAAUUAAAUGAUUUAUUGCGGAUAAUUUCUAGUAAUCAGCAAGAAAAAGUAAAAAACUUUGAUAAUUUUUAUCAGAAUAGUAAAUAUGAUUCAUUUAAUUAUAUGAAUGAAAGUUAUAGAAAUACAAAUACUAUUAAUAAUGAUAAUGAUAAUGAUAUUUUAAAGAAUCAGUUAAAAAAAUUAAUAGAAGAAAAUGAUAAACUAAAAAAAGAAUUGAAUGAAUUGAAAGAUAACAAUUUAAAUAUUAUAAAUGAAUUAAAAGAGAAAAAUGAAAUGAUUAAAAAUAAGGAUAUGAAUUACAAUCUAUUAAUGGAAAAAUAUAACAUAUUAGAAAGGGAUUAUGAAAAUAUUCAUAACUUGUGUAUAGAACUCGAAAAUAAAAUCAGAGAAGAAUAUAAUAAUAAUUCUCUUCAUAAAAAUAUCAAUAUUUUAAGUAAAAGUAAUUUUUCUUUAAGUGAAUUAGAAUUAAAUCAAAGUCAGCAAAGUGAAAAUGAUAUUAAUAAUUAUAAAAUAUAUUGUUCUGAAUUAAAAUUAGAAAAUGAAUCAUUAAAAUCAAUUAUUGAAAAGUUGAAAAAUAAAAAUAAAAAAUUAUCAAAAAAUAUGGAAUUUUUAUUAAAUGAUUUAAUUAAUGUAGAAACUUUAAAUGAAGAUAAUAUUAGUAGUAGUAGUAAUAAUAAUAAUAAUAAUAAUAAUAAUAAUAAUAAUAAUAAUAAUAAUAAUAAUAAUAAUAAUAAUAAUAUCGGUAAUUUAAAUAAAUCAUUCAAUAAUAAUAUCAAUAAUGAAUUAGUAAUUGGUAAUAAAACAUGUCAUAUUCAGAAUAGUUCUAAUAAUAAUCUUUUGAUAGAUAAUAAUAAUAUUAAUAAAGUUAAUAUUUCAGAAGUAAGAGAUUUUGCACAAACAAACAAAAAUGUUUUAGAUGAUAAAAAAAUAGAUAAUUUCACACAGACUAAUGAAAACAUUUUAAAAGGUGAAAAAAUAGAUAAUUUCACACAGACUAAUGAAAACAUUUUAAAAGAUGAAAAAAAAGAUAAUUUCACACAGACUAAUGAAAAUGUUUUAGAUGAUAAAAAAAUAGAUAAUUUCACACAGACUAAUGAAAAUGUUUUAGAAAAUGAAAAAAUAGAUAAUUUUACACAGACUAAUGAAAACAUUUUAAAUGAUAAGAAAAAUAAUUUCACACAGACUAAUGAAAAUGUUUUAGAUGAUAAAAAAAUAGACAUUUUCACACAGACUAAUGAAAACAUUUUAAAAGAUGAAAAAAAAGAUAAUUUCACACAGACUAAUGAAAACAUUUUAAAUGAUAAGAAAAAUAAUUUAAUUAGUGAAUAUAUAAAUACCGAUGAGAAAAUUGUUUUUGAUAAAAGUAUAUAUACGAAUGACAAUAUAUUAUUAGUUAGUUCUUAUAUGAAUACAAACAAAAUUAAUUUAAUAGAUAAAAGCAUAAAUACAGAUGAAAAUAUUAAAAAUUUUACAAACAACUAUACUCAAACUAAUGAAAAAUAUUAUUAUAUAAAAGGCACUCAAACAGAUUCAAUAAAAAGUAUUGAUAGAGAAGUUAUUACGAGUAUGCAUGGAAUAAAUGAUUUUAACUUUAAAAAAUUAAUGAUGAAAUGUAAACUUACUAAAAACAAAAAAAUUCAAGUAACAAUAACAAAUAUGAAUGCUUCAACUCAGACAAAGGAAAUAUUUUCAUAUGUAACAGAUAAAUAUAGUAGUAGUGAUAAAUCUAAUAUCUACAAAAGAUAUAAAAAAAAAAAAAAAAAAUUUAAAGAUCCUUCUUUUGUGUAUUCAAGUAAUACAUCAAGUAGUUUUUUUUUAAAAGAAUCAAACACUUCUGACAAUUUGGCUUUAAUAAGAAAAAAAAAAAAUAUGUACAAUAAAAGCAGAAAUUACAAAUAUGAUGAUAAUGAAGAUUAUCUACGUAAAAAUAAAGAUUACAAAGUUAUAAAUAGAGAUAAAAAUUAUAUGUUGGUAUCUGAUAAAAAAAAAUGCUAUAAAGAAAAUGAUUCCCUCAAUAAUUCUUCUGAAGUAUAUUUAAAAAAGAAUAGAAAAGAAAGAUAUAAGGAUUAUAAUAGAAAUAAAGAAGUAGAAUGUUUAAUAGAUAUAUUAAAAUAUUCUUCUGACAGUGAUGAUAGUUUUGAUACAGAUAAUGUUUACACUCAAAAAAAUAAAGAAAUGUUUAAAAAAAGAAAAAGAGAAAUAGAAGAAAUAGAACAAUUAGAAAAGAGAAAAAGAAAACAAAACAACAAAAAAAAAAAUAUAUAUAGAAAAUACAAAUAUGAUAUUAAUCAUAAAAAUGUUUACUCAUCGGGAGAUUACUAUGAUUAUCCUUCUUACAACAAAAAAAAAUUGUUAUCACAUAAAAUAAAGAGAAAUAAUAUAAAAAAAAAUAUAUAUAAUUAUAAUAAUAUGGAUAUUAUUAAAACUGAAAAUAAGUAUAUACAAACAACAGAACAUUUUCUUAAUUAUGAUAUUUAUUAUGAAGAAGAGGAUAAUAUAAAAUGUCCAAAUUCUAAUGAUAAUAUUCUUAUUUUAAAAAAUAAAAUAAAGGAUUAUUCAAAAAAUUUAUAUUAUAAUGUAAUUAUUUGUGAAAAUUGCAAUGGUUUUUAUAUUGAUGUAUUAUUAAUAAACAUAUUUAAUGAAUACAUAAAUUAUUAUAAUUCUUCUAAUGAUAAUUAUGCAUUGAAAAAAAAUUCGUUUGAAAAGAAAAAUACAAAUAAAGAUAAAUUUGUACAAAAUAAUGAAUCUCUUAUUAAAAAUAAUCCUAAUGGUUUUAAUUAUGAAAAUUUUUCAGCAAACCAAAAUAUGAAUUAUUUAACAAAGGAUUCCAUGAGAUAUGAUAAUAAAAAUUAUGAUGAAAAAAAUAAUAUUUUUUUUACUUUUGAAAAAAAAAAAACAGAGAGAAAAAUAGAAAUAGAAAUGGGAGAGGAAAAGGAAAAAGAGGAAGAAAAUCAACAUUAUAAUAUUUAUGAUAUAAAAAGAAAUUUUUCAGAAAAAAAUAAACAUUCUAAUGAAGUGGAAGAAUCGUUUGAAAAUAGUAGUAUUGAUGAUAAUGAAGUUAAAAGUGCUAAUAUUGAACAAUCUAAUGAUUUAUAUGAAACUAUAGAUUUGAAUAAAGGAGAAAAAAAAAAAAAUUGUAAAAUUGAAAAUUUUAUAAUUAAACAUAUUCCAUUUAAAUUACAUAUAUGCACUUGUACAUAUAUUAAUGUGAAAUAUAAAAAAAUGCUAAUUAGGAAAAAAGAGAAAAAAGAAAAAAUUAAAAUAAAAAAAAAAAAAAAAAAAAAUAUAUAUCAUAAUCAUUUUUUUUUUAAUAAAAUUUUUAAUUUUAUAUCUAAAAUAAGGAAUGAAUUAAAUGAAGUUAAGUUUAUUAUUCAGAAUUUUUUCUAUUUAAAUAAAAAUAAUAUUUUAGACAAUUUUAUUUUAAAUACAAAAAAAAUUAAUGAUAUUCCUUUAUUCCUAUUUAAUUAUGUUGAAAAUAAAAAUAUAAGUUAUAUAAAAAAUAAUUCAGAACAAAACGAAGAAAAUUAUUAUUUAAACGAAAAAGAAAACGAAACAAUAAGUAAUAAUAAUUCACAUAUAUUUUAUCAUUCUUUAAAUGCAUAUUAUUUAGGAGAAGCAUACAGAACAGAAAAUAAAAUUUAUAAUUCAUAUAACAACUAUCAAAAAAAUUUUAAUAACUUUAUUAAUUCUAAUAAUUCUAAUUUAACUCAUUUUAAUUUAAGACACAAUUAUAACACCAAAGGAAUUAGUAAUAUAGAUAAAAUUGUGAAUGAAAAUGAUAAAAGAAACCAUGAAUUAUUUGAUUUAGAAAAACAAAAUAAAUAUAGUAAAUAUAAUGAAAAUGUUGAUUACUUUUAUAUGAAAAAUAAAAUAGUUGAAAACAAAAUGAAAACUAUUUAUGAUUAUAGUUUUACAAAUAAUAAUAACAAAAACUUUUCUUUAGAUUAUUCGAAUAGGAAUUAUAAUGAUAUUAAAAUACAUUUUAAUGAGAAAAAUUAUAAAAAAGGAAAAAUUUAUAAUUUUAAUGAUUUAAUGCAAAAGUAUGAAAUAAAAAAUAUAAUGAUUUUUUUUAUUUGUUGUUUAUUUUAUUUAAAUGAAUUAUAUAUUAAAUAUAACCUAUCAUUAAAGAAGGAAUUUCAAAGUUGUGAUUUUAAACAUGAAAACAGUAAAAAUGAAAACACAGAUAUUCAAAUCGAUAAUAACAUAAAUAAUGAUAAAUAUUAUAACAUUGAUAAUAAUAAUAAUAAUGAUUAUAAUAAUAAUAAUAAUGAUUAUAAUAAUAAUAAUAAUGAUUAUAAUAAUAAUAAUAAUGAUUAUAAUAAUAAUAAUGAUUAUAAUAUGAAAGGGUGCAAUUUUCAUACUACUAACCAUACUAAUGUUGAUAAUAUAAUUACUAAUAACAAAUUAUAUCAAUCUAUCGAUUUGAAUAAAAUAAAAUACAGUAAUAUGUGUAAUAAAGAACCGAAUGCAUUUAAUAAAAAUGAUAUAAAUAAAAUAGAAAUAUUUUUAGGAAAGUAUAAUUUAGUUGAUGAGAUAAAUGAGAAAAAAGAAAAUUUGUUAUUUGAUUUUGUGAUUGAUAUUCUAAAUAAUAUAAAAAAGAAUUCAAAGUCAAUAUGUUCCGUAUGUUUAUUAUUGAAAGAACAGAUAAACAUGGAAGAACUAAAAAUAAAUGAUUUGUAUAAAUUAAUAGAUAAUUAUGCUAAAAUUGAGAUAUAUACAAAUAAUUUAAAUAAUAAACACAAUGAAAAAGUGAAAAGCUUAGAAAAUAUAAUAAAUGAAUAUAGUUUUAAUAAAGAAGAAAUAAUUAACACACACAAGGAAAAAAUUAUAAAUAUUGAAAAAUUAGUUGAAGAAAAGGAUAGUAUUAUUAAUAAUUUAAAAAUGGAAGUAGAAAUAUUAUUAAAAGAUAAAGAAAUUACAAAUAAUCUAUUAAAUGAAGUAACUGAAGAAAAAAAUAGAUAUUUUAAUUUAUAUAUUGAAUUUCAAAAUUCUUUAAUACAAAAAGAAAAACUGUCAGAAAAUGAAGAAAAUGAAUUGAAAAACAAUAAUAAUAAAAUAAAUAGUUGUAUAAAUAGAAUAAAUGAAUUAAAUAAAGAAAUAAAUUUACUAAAAAAAAAAGGAAAAUUAUCUCCUAUUAAUAACGAUGAUACAUCAUCUUCAUAUAGCAAUAGUUACAUAUGCGAAAAAGGACAAAAUGAGAAAAAUGAUUAUGAUAAAAUAAUCAAUAACAGUAUUAUGAAUAAUAAAUCAUUAGCAAAAAAGAGAAAUGAAAAGAAAUGCAAAUUGAAUAAAAUAGAUAUUUUAAAUAAUUUAGAAAUGAAAAAAAUUUUUAAAAUUUUCUUUAUUUUAAAAGAAAAAAUAAUUGUUUUUACUUCUUAUAUUUACAAAAAGUUAUAUAAGAAUAUUCCUAUUGAUAUUUAUUAUGUUAAACAAUUUUAUACAAAUAUAGUAAAUAUAUUUUUAAAUCUACCAAAGCAUAUAAAUGUAAAUUUUUUAUUUAUUAAUAAAAAUGAAAUAAAUUAUAAUAUUUAUAUAAAAAAAAAUAUAAAAAAGAAUUACAAUAUUUUAACAUUAACUGAUAAUUCUUUUAAUGAAUUUUCUGAUGAUAGUUCAUUAGAAACUAAGAUUAUACAAAAUAAAAAAAAAAAAAAAAAACAUGAAAUAAAUAGACAAGAUUAUAUAGAUAAUAUAAUAAUAUCACAAAAAAAAAAAAAUAAAAAUAAAGACAUUUAUUUAGGAUGUACAAAGCAAUCUGAUAAAGUUAUAUAA